AUGCCGAGCAGCUCGGACACGGCGCUGGGGGGAGGCGGGGGCCUGAGCUGGGCGGAGAAGAAGUUGGAGGAACGCCGCAAGCGGAGGCGAUUCCUGUCCCCUCAGCAGCCGCCGCUGCUGUUGCCGCUCCUGCAGCCGCAGCUCCUGCAACCGCCGCCGCCCCCGCCGCCUCUGCUCUUCCUGGCUGCUCCCGGCACGGCCGCCGCCGCAGCCGCCGCCGCCGCGGCCUCCUCCUCUUGCUUCAGCCCGGGCCCCCCUCUGGAGGUCAAGCGGCUGGCGAGAGGCAAGAGGCGCGCAGGAGGGCGGCAGAAGCGGCGCCGCGGGCCCCGCGCCGGGCAGGAGGCGGAGAAGCGUCGGGUCUUCUCGCUGCCCCAGCCGCAGCAGGACGGCGGUGGCGGUGCUAGUAGCGGCGGGGGUGUGACCCCGCUGGUGGAAUACGAGGAUGUGAGCUCCCAGUCCGAGCAGGGGCUGCUGCUGGGGGGGGCCAGCGCGGCAACGGCGGCGACGGCUGCCGGGGGAACGGGGGGCAGCGGCGGGAGUCCGGCCUCCUCCUCCGGCACCCAGCGGCGCGGGGAGGGGUCGGAGCGCAGGCCCCGCCGGGACCGCCGCAGUAGCAGCGGCCGCAGCAAGGAGCGCCACCGCGAGCACCGGCGGCGGGACGGGCAGCGCGGCGGCAGCGAGGCCUCCAAGUCCCGCAGCCGCCACAGCCACAGCGGCGAGGAGCGGGCCGAGGCCGCUAAGAGCGGCAGCAGCAGCAGCAGCGGCGGCCGCCGGAAAAGCGCCUCGGCCACGUCUAGCAGCAGCAGUAGCCGCAAGGAUCGAGACCUGAAGGCUCACCGGAGCCGGACUAAGUCGUCCAAGGAGCCGCCUUCGGCCUACAAGGAGCCGCCCAAGGCCUACCGGGAGGACAAGAGCGAGCCCAAGGCCUACAGGCGGCGGCAGCGGUCCCUGAGCCCGCUGGGAGGCCGGGACGACAGCCCGGUGUCCCACAGGGCCUCGCAGAGCCUGAGAAGCCGCAAGUCCCCCAGCCCGGCAGGAGGUGGCAGCAGCCCGUACUCUCGGCGGCUGCCACGCUCCCCGAGCCCCUACAGCCGCCGCCGCUCCCCCAGCUACAGCCGCCACAGCUCCUACGAGCGGGGCGGCGACGUGUCCCCGAGCCCCUACAGCAGCAGCAGCUGGCGCCGCUCCCGGAGCCCCUACAGCCCGGUGAUCAGACGUUCUGCCAAAUCCCGAAGCAGAAGCCCAUAUUCCUCUAGGCAUUCAAGAUCUCGUAGCAGGCACAGGUUGUCUCGAUCCAGAAGCCGUCACUCUAGCAUUUCUCCUAGCACACUAACUCUGAAGAGUAGCCUGGCAGCCGAGUUGAACAAGAAUAAAAAAGCACGGGCUGCAGAGGCAGCAAGAGCUGCAGAAGCCGCGAAAGCUGCAGAAGCAGCUAAGGCUGCUGAGGCUGCUGCCAAAGCUGCCAAAGCCUCCAACACUUCUACACCUACGAAGGGGAGCACGGAGACGGGUGCCGGUGCAUCUCAAACAAACCAUGUGAAGGAUGUGAAGAAACUGAAAACAGAACACGCACCUUCUCCGUCAAGUGGUGGGACUUUAAAAAACGACAAGGCAAAAACAAAGCCACCUCUUCAGGUAACCAAGGUGGACAAUAAUUUGAUUGUAGAUAAAGCCGCCAAGAAAGCAGUUGUAGUUGGGAAGGAGAGUAAAUCUGCUGCUACAAAGGACGAACCAGUAUCUCUUAAAGAGAAAACCAAACCACUUACACCAAGUUUAGGAGCCAAGGAGAAGGAGCAACAUGUGGCUUUAGUGACCUCUACGUUACCACCAUUACCUUUGCCUCCCAUGCUGCCUGAAGAUAAAGAUGCCGAUAGCUUACGAGGAAAUAUUUCAGUAAAAGCAGUUAAAAAAGAAGUAGAGAAGAAACUGCGAUGUUUACUUGCUGAUUUACCACUGCCCCCUGAGCUACCAGGAGGAGAUGAUCUCUCAAAGAGUCCAGAAGAAAAGAAAACAACAACACAGUUACAUAGUAAAAGGAGGCCUAAAAUAUGUGGGCCUCGCUAUGGUGAAAUCAAAGAAAAAGAUAUUGACUGGGGAAAACGCUGCGUGGAUAAAUUUGAUAUCAUCGGAAUUAUUGGAGAAGGUACCUAUGGACAAGUUUACAAGGCCAGGGAUAAAGACACUGGAGAAAUGGUAGCCUUAAAGAAAGUACGUCUAGAUAAUGAAAAGGAAGGCUUUCCAAUUACAGCAAUUCGAGAAAUUAAAAUUCUCCGGCAGCUUACCCACCAGAGUAUUAUCAAUAUGAAGGAAAUAGUGACUGAUAAAGAAGAUGCUUUGGAUUUUAAGAAGGAUAAAGGUGCAUUUUAUCUGGUGUUUGAAUAUAUGGACCAUGAUCUGAUGGGACUACUGGAAUCAGGCUUGGUUCAUUUUAAUGAAAAUCACAUAAAGUCAUUUAUGAGACAGCUUAUGGAAGGCCUGGAUUAUUGUCAUAAGAAGAACUUUUUGCAUAGAGAUAUUAAAUGUUCAAAUAUUCUUCUAAAUAAUAGAGGGCAAAUAAAACUUGCAGAUUUUGGACUUGCUCGAUUGUAUAGCUCAGAAGAAAGUCGGCCGUAUACUAACAAGGUCAUCACUUUAUGGUACCGUCCACCUGAACUGCUGUUGGGAGAAGAAAGAUACACACCAGCCAUUGAUGUAUGGAGCUGUGGAUGUAUCCUCGGUGAACUCUUCACUAAAAAACCUAUAUUUCAAGCAAAUCAGGAACUUGCACAACUAGAAUUAAUAAGCCGUAUAUGUGGGAGUCCAUGUCCUGCAGUGUGGCCUGAUGUAAUCAAACUACCAUAUUUCAACACCAUGAAACCAAAGAAGCAAUAUCGUCGAAAGUUAAGAGAAGAAUUUGUUUUUAUUCCUGCAGCCGCAUUAGACUUAUUUGAUUACAUGCUCGCCUUGGAUCCUAGUAAGCGCUGCACUGCAGAACAGGCUCUUCAGUGCGAAUUCCUUCGGGACGUGGAGCCCUCAAAGAUGCCUCCACCAGAUCUUCCUUUGUGGCAAGAUUGUCAUGAGCUGUGGAGUAAAAAGCGAAGAAGACAGAAGCAGAUGGGCAUGACCGAUGAUGUUUCAACAAUUAAAGCCCCCAGAAAGGACUUGUCUCUUGGCUUAGAUGACAGCAGGACCAGCACACCGCAGGGCGUGCUCCCGUCUUCACAGCUGAAACCUCAGGGCAACUCGAACGUAGCGCCUGUAAAAACAGGCCCCGGACAGCAGUUAAACCACAGUGAAUUGGCAAUUCUACUAAACCUACUACAGUCUAAAACAAGUGUUAAUAUGGCUGAUUUUGUCCAAGUGUUGAACAUUAAGGUAAACUCUGAGACUCAACAGCAGCUAAAUAAAAUAAACCUUCCUGCUGGAAUUUUGGCAACAGGUGAAAAACAGACAGACCCAUCCACACCACAACAGGAGUCUUCGAAACCAUUGGGAGGAAUUCAGCCUUCUUCUCAGAGCGCGCAGCCUAAAGUGGAGACUGAUGCUGCCCAGGCGGCCGUGCAGAGCGCGUUCGCAGUUCUGCUGACUCAGUUAAUAAAGGCCCAGCAGUCCAAGCAGAAAGACGUGCUACUGGAAGAGAGGGAAAAUGGGUCGGGACAUGAAGCGUCAUUACAACUCAGGCCACCUCCAGAACCUAGCACUCCGGCAUCGGGGCAAGAUGACCUCAUUCAGCACCAAGAUAUGAGGAUGUUGGAGCUCACCCCAGAACCGGACCGGCCUCGUAUCCUCCCUCCUGAUCAGCGACCUCCUGAACCGCCUGAACCACCACCAGUGACUGAAGAAGAUCUGGAUUAUCGGACAGAAAACCAGCACGUACCCACCACCAGUUCUUCGUUAACUGACCCUCAUGCCGGAGUGAAAGCCGCCCUGUUACAGCUGCUCGCUCAGCAUCAGCCCCAGGAUGAUCCCAAAAGAGAAAGUGGUAUGGAUUACCAGGCAGGAGACACUUAUGUGCCCACAUCAGACUACAAGGACAAUUUUGGAUCCUCUUCUUUCUCUUCCGCUCCUUAUGUUAGCAAUGAUGGUCUGGGAAGUAGCUCUGCCCCUCCACCAUUGGAACGACGUAGCUUCAUUGGAAACUCAGAUAUUCAGUCUUUGGAUAACUACAGUACUUCUUCAUCUCAUUCUGGUGGUCCACCUCAGCCUUCUGCCUUUUCCGAGUCAUUUCCCAGUUCAGUAGCUGGAUACGGAGACAUUUACCUCAAUACUGGUCCCAUGUUGUUCAGUGGAGACAAGGACCAUAGAUUUGAAUAUAGCCAUGGCCCCAUUGCAGUCCUGGCGAACAGCAGUGACCCUCCCACAGGGCCAGAGAGUACUCAUCCUUUGCCAGCAAAGAUGCACAACUAUAACUAUGGUGGUAACUUACAGGAAAACCCGGGUGGCCCCGGCCUCAUGCAUGGACAGACCUGGACUUCUCCUGCCCAAGGACCUGGAUAUUCACAAGGAUACAGGGGACACAUUAGCACAUCAGCUGGCAGAGGUCGAGGCAGAGGGUUACCAUACUGAGUAUCUGUUUUUCCUCAGGCACAUCAUUUUUAUCUGGAAAGACUUUUCUAGCUGCAAUUUAAGGCAGCAAUCCAAGAGACUUGAAUAAUAUUAAUUCAACAACAGCUUUAUUUUUAUGUGGAAAAGGGUCUUGCAUACAAUAGUUAAAAAAAAAAGAAAAAAAAAACCUUUGCUUAAAUUCAUGCUGUUCUAAAAACUAGAUCUAUUGAUUGUACAUCUUCACAAAUUCUAGUUAACAAUUUUAUUUUGUAUUCUUGCAGUUUUACGUGGAUGCUAAUCUUAGGGACAUAAGAGUCUUUUAUGGCCCUCUUGCAGAUCUUCUGAACUAUGCACAUUUGUGCUUUUUUUUGUAAGUUUGGACCAACUUUUAUGUAACAACCAACCAACCCCUCCCCCCCUCCAGUUUUACAACAAUCAGAAAGGGCACUGAUUUAUUUGGUAUUUUUCUUUUUACAAAGCUACCUUUAGUCAAAGGUCACUGUCAGUCUUUGCACCUGCUUCCAGUGUUAUUGUGAAAGGUGUACUUUGUGCUCACUUCAGAAAAUAAAACACAACCUUUCUCUUGAUGCAACAGUUUUAUAAAAAAAAAUGGUCAACGUUAUUUUUGUUUUAUUUUGCAGAUUAUCAUAGCCGAGCAAAAUGCAUUCAAAUGAAAUAGUGGGUUUUAUAUGAAAAAUAUGGGGUGGGGAGGGUAAGUAAGUGCCUUAACAGGUAAGCUGAAGGUCUGAAAAAGCAGUUAACCUUUACACCCAUUUUGUCUUCUAAAGGGAAUCAAUACUGUAUUGAAGAGGCAGGGAGCUCUCCAGUGUUUAGGGACUGCUGCCUGUUCAGUUCCCGCUAGACUCAUUCCCUCUGCCUGUCACACUUUCUUCUUUCCUGCCUGUCUUUGGGCUAUGUUACCUUCCACUACCACCUUGUCUUGCUAGGAGCGUGAGAGCAAAGAAAGGGAUUAGAACUCCAGUCAGUAUCUUGUUACUUCCAAGAAGUUCUAAAAAGUUACAUCAUUUAAGUGGUUGAAAGUAAUAGCUAAAUGAGAAUUUUAGAGUACCCGUUUUCAGGCUGCCAUAUUGUCCCUGUUUUCCUUUUGCCAUGGAUAAUUGGAGGGCAGUAGUGCAGAAGCAAGGCUUAAUAAACAGAAUUGCCUGAUUCUAUUAAAGUUCAUGGGGGGAGGGGAGGCAGACAUCAUAUUUUAAGUUACGCAAUUGCCAUUUUAAGAAAAAGCCGUUCAGUUUGUUAACUAGAAACUUUGCCUACACUGAAUUUAUUGAAACAAAAAGAAAAAGUAGUGAGAGAAAACCUCUUCUCUUCCUUCCUCUCACCUUCUGUGAGGUUUAUUAGGACUUCUGCCAGACUUAGAGCAACCUUAGUUCAUUUUAGCAUUUUUCUCUUUUAUUAAAAGCAGCAAAGAAGGAUGGACUAACCCUAUGUAAGCUGUAAUGGUGUCAAGUCUAACUAACUUCUCGUGCACGCUCAGGCACACGUACAAUUACAAUAAAUUCUCAAAAGGAACCAAAGGUGAAUAACCAGUGUUUCCAGUAUCCCUGAAUGGAAAAGUAAACUCUGGAAAUGAGAGCUGUGCCAAUUAACCAUUUUGUUUUAACUGUUCUUUCUCCUGGUAACUUACUUUUUCAUUGGAAUUGUAAAUCGGAAGAACUGUUUUAGAAUGGAAAUUUGCUCCAGUUCUAAAGUCAGUCUUUUAACCCCAUCCAUGCCCUCUGACUUGUGAACCUUCAUUUCAAAAUACUAUAUGGGAAGCAUUACAGUUUGGUGACAGCAAGGAUAUUUUAAAGUGGAUAUUUUACCAUUUUACUGCUAUAAAAUGAGUUGAUGUCAGUUGAUCAUUUUAUUUUUUUGAUGGAAUUUUUUUUGUGUUGUUAUUGGGGAGAAAAAUGAAUGGAAGAAAAAAUAUUUUGCUUUUAUUUGAAUUUUGAGUACUAACAACUUAAAACUACAUUGCAGGAGGUGAAGAAAUACUUCAAAUUUAGCAAAAUAGCUACAGUAUUCAACUAUCUCAAAUUUUAAUAUGGUGAGUCUUAGCGCUUUAGACUUUCCUAUAAGUGACAGUAUCUUAAGUUAUUCUUAAUAGUCACACUUGAUAAUUCUGCUGACCAUAGCAGCUAACCGAAAAUUGAAGAUAUUUAUGUGACAUGAAUAGCCUGUGUUUUAAAAAUUAAAUAUUUUAUAUAAAAUUGAA